AACUGUCAAACACAAAAUUGCAGUGUUGUGCCAGUCAUUCAACUUUUUCAAUUUUCGAACAGUUUUGCUGUGCUCAUAUUUUGAAAGUUUUUAAUAAACGAAUUCAAAAUGACACAAUCAGAACCUGAACGUGAAAAGUCUCUCCAAGAGUACAGGAAGAAGUUAGUGGAACACAAGGAGGUUGAGUCCCGCCUGAAAGAAAUGAGGGAACAACUUAAAGACCUUACAAAGCAAUAUGAUAAAUCAGAAAAUGACUUGAAAGCUUUGCAAAGCAUGGGUCAAAUUGUUGGUGAGGUCCUGAAGCAGUUAACUGAGGAAAAGUUCAUAGUAAAAGCUACCAAUGGUCCACGUUACGUUGUUGGCUGUCGGCGACAACUUGACAAGACUAAAUUAAAAGCAGGAACUCGAGUAGCCCUUGACAUGACCACUUUGACAAUAAUGCGUUAUUUACCAAGAGAAGUUGAUCCUCUCGUUUACAACAUGAGUCAUGAAGAUCCUGGCGAUGUUACAUAUUCGGCUAUUGGAGGCUUAUCUGAACAAAUUCGCGAACUUCGUGAAGUAAUAGAAUUGCCUCUCUUAAACCCUGAGUUAUUCAUGAGAGUAGGAAUCACACCUCCUAAGGGAUGCCUUCUCUAUGGUCCACCCGGCACUGGAAAAACGCUCUUAGCAAGAGCUGUUGCAUCUCAGCUAGACGCAAAUUUCUUAAAAGUUGUUUCAAGUGCUAUAGUUGACAAGUACAUUGGUGAAUCCGCCCGAUUGAUUCGAGAAAUGUUUAAUUAUGCAAAAGAUCAUCAGCCUUGUAUUAUAUUUAUGGACGAAAUUGAUGCCAUUGGUGGACGGAGGUUUUCUGAGGGUACAUCAGCUGAUCGAGAAAUUCAGCGCACGUUGAUGGAACUAUUAAAUCAGAUGGAUGGUUUUGAUUCUCUUGGUCAAGUUAAAAUGAUUAUGGCAACAAAUCGACCAGACACAUUGGAUCCUGCUUUAUUGCGUCCUGGACGUUUAGAUCGAAAAAUUGAGAUUCCUCUACCCAAUGAACAAGCACGUCUCGAAAUUUUAAAAAUUCAUGCAGGUCCUAUUGCCAAACAUGGAGAAAUUGAUUAUGAAGCAAUUGUUAAGUUGUCAGACACAUUCAAUGGAGCUGACUUAAGAAAUGUCUGCACAGAAGCUGGAUUAUUUGCUAUUCGAUCUGAGAGAGAAUAUGUGAUCCAAGAAGAUUUCAUGAAAGCCGUCAGAAAAGUAGCCGACAAUAAAAAAUUAGAGAGUAAGCUUGAUUACAAACCAGUUUAAUUAUGUAUUUUAGGUAAUUUAAUAAAUGUCCAUUCAUGCGAUAA